UCUCUCUCUCUCUCUCUCUCUCAGAUUUUCUUUCCUCUUCAAUUCUUCCGCGUUAUGCCACAAGUCGAUUUGGAAACCCUAGUUACCGCCUGCGCCGGCGGCUCCAUGGAUCGCAAAAUCGCCUGCGAGUCGCAGGCCGACGCCGCCGAGAAGGACCUGCCGGAAGACGACGCCAACCCCGACGACCCGGUUCUCCCGGCGGACUUCCCGCCGGAGUCGUUCUGGCUCUCCAAGGACGCCGAGUACGACUGGUUCGACCGGAACGCCUUCUACGAGAGGAAGGACUCCACCAAAGGAAACAACUCCAGCUCCACCAACCUGCAUCCCAAUUCGAACAACAAUUCGCAGCGAUUCUCGAUGAACUUGAAGUCCAAGGCGGCCAUUAUUGGCCUCCCCAAGCCGCAGAAGACCAACUACGCCGAUACGAAGCACCGCCGGAACUGUAAGGCCGGCAACGGGCGGCUGUUUCCGAAGCGGUCCGGAUCGGUCGGGAAAUCGACGGACGGGUCGAUGAUCGAGCCGUCGUCGCCCAAGGUCUCGUGUAUGGGGAGAGUCAGAUCGAAGCGGGACCGGAAGCGGCGGUGGAGGAACCGCCACCAGCAGCGGUCGUCGAUAAACGACACGUCGUCGUCGAUGGAGAAGUCGGUUAAACCGGCGGAGAGACGCAAGUUAGGGUUUCUAGCGAGCUUCCGGGGCCUGUUUCGGCACGGGCGACGUGAUAAGUCGAAGAGUGACGUCCACGCGCCGGACUCGCCGCCGAGGCGGAGCAGCGUGGCGAGGAGAGCUGCGUUCGAUUACGAGACGGCGUCGUGCGACUCGUUCCCGAGGCAGAGCACGGAGAGCGAACCGCCCGGCCUAGGUGGGAUGAAGCGGUUCGUGUCGGGUCGGAGAUCCGGGUCCUGGGUCGGGGAGCACGGCAUCGACGUCGCGUAAAGAGCGAGCCCGGCUCGGGAAUCGAGAUUUCUUGAUCCGACGGCGAUCGUUGGGCCCCGCUCGGGAAGCAAAUUGCGUGCGUGGCGGUCGUGAAUGGCAGUCUAGAAGGCGGGGCCCGCUUUUCCUCUCUGUUCGUCGUUGGGAUGACGUGGCACGUUGAAUAAAACGGUUUUCGCUCCACCGGGGUUUGAGAGGUAAAAAGGAAGUCUCGUUUACCGCUUUUGCCGUUUUCUGCAUUUCGUUGUCGUUUGUUUUUGUCCAUUUUGAUUUUUAGACGACGCGGGUUAUUGUAAAUAGACAUGUUUUUGGGAGUGAGCAGUUGUAAAUUUGCUUGUAGUUUUGGGUAAUAAGAAAUUUUACUGAUUAGAUUGGUGUGAAAAUUAAAUUUGAAUGCUUUUUACCGUGAGAUUAAUUUGGGAUACAGUGGUGAAAACCUGUUGUAGCAUGUGGUGGAUCACAUUGACCACAUGUGUCUUCAAUGGAGGUGUUCUCGCCUAACCGCAAUACAAGUUAGAGUUGUCUUUACUCACUUUUUCAGAUAUGAUGCCUUUCUUCAUUAUUGUACUAAGGAGAUGGUGAGGGCCUGAGAUGGAGAUGGUGAGGGAGAACACCCUUUUAUAAUUAAACUUGUAAUCUCUCCAAAAAAGAAAACAAAUAGAAUCACAAAGUUAUUGCAAUCUAAUGGCAAGUCCGACACAGACCUUUGAAAAUGAGAAAGAUUUCCUUUAUUUGGGAAGAAAAGAGAAAAGCAAAAACUUCAUUAAUAGAACAUAUCAAACUACUCCAACAAGGGAUGAUCUACUCGUAUCCAAAAGUAGAACAUACAUAUAGUUAUAGAUGCCACAAGGGAUGAUUUAUCACAUUUAUCGGCAUUUUUGUGGGAUACGAACUAAAAUGAUCAACGUAUCACAAGAGUUUCGAUACCUCAUUACAAACCAUAUUACGAAACUGUC